AUGUCAGGAGAGGACGAUUUCUACCUGUUCCGCAAUAUCUCCUCCGUGGGGCCCUGGGACGGGCCUCAGUACCACAUAGCUCCUGUCUGGGCUUUCCACCUCCAGGCAGCCUUUAUGGGGUUUGUCUUCUUCGCAGGGACCCCACUAAAUGCCAUAGUGCUGGUGGCCACACUGCGUUACAAAAAGCUGCGGCAGCCCCUCAACUACAUCUUGGUCAAUGUAUCCCUCGGGGGCUUCCUCUUCUGCAGCUUCUCUGUCUUCACUGUCUUUAUCGCCAGCUGUCACGGCUACUUCAUCUUUGGCCCCCACGUUUGUGCUCUGGAGGCCUUCCUGGGCUCUGCAGCAGGUCUAGUGACAGGAUGGUCCUUGGCUUUCCUGGCUUUCGAGCGCUACAUUGUCAUCUGUAAGCCCUUUGGCAACUUCCGCUUCAGCUCCAAGCAUGCACUGAUGGUGGUCCUGGUUACUUGGAUCAUUGGUAUCGGAGUGUCCAUCCCACCCUUCUUUGGUUGGAGCAGGUACAUCCCUGAGGGCCUGCAGUGCUCCUGUGGCCCGGACUGGUACACAGUUGGCACCAAGUAUCGAAGCGAGUACUACACGUGGUUCCUCUUCCUGUUCUGUUUCAUCGUGCCUCUUUCCCUCAUCUGCUUCUCCUAUUCGCAGUUGCUGAGGACUCUCAGAGCUGUGGCAGCUCAGCAGCAUGAAUCAGCUACGACCCAGAAGGCUGAACGGGAGGUGAGCCACAUGGUGGUGGUGAUGGUGGGAUCCUUCUGUCUCUGCUACGUGCCCUAUGCUGCCCUGGCCAUGUACAUAGUCAACAACCGUAACCACGGGAUAGACUUACGCUUCGUCACCAUCCCUGCCUUCUUCUCCAAGAGCUCAUGUGUCUACAAUCCCAUCAUUUACGGCUUCAUGAAUAAGCAGUUCCGGGCUUGCAUCCUGGAGAUGGUGUGCAGGAAGCCCAUGAGUGACGAAAGCGAGAUGCCUGGCUCUCAGAAAACAGAAGUUUCUACUGCCUCUUCUAGCAAAGUCGGCCCUCACUAAGGACCUUAACUGGCCUGCUGGCAGCAAGCAGAACGCCACAUUUAGUUUCUACACUCUCCAUUAAAACCCUAGCACAGGGAAGAGAUAGAUGGGAAGGGGAGCAAUGGCGUUCCUGUUAUUCUCUUCCUGUCAGCGAGGCUGCUCCUCCCACACGGACCAUUUCAACAGUCAGUUUCUACUCCUAAGUGGUACCUUCACCCCCUAAGUGGAGACCUGUAAGAGAAAGGGCACACUUUCCUUCUCUGUCACUUUUCAUCCCCCUUGCUGGGUCUGGGAUGACACCCCGUUGAUGUGGGAGUGAUUUUUUAUUAAUAAAGAAACUGCCUAGACCCAUUUGAUAGGCCAACCCUUAG